AUCUGGCGUAUUGAAGGAUCAGACAAGGUUCCAGUGGAUCCAUCAGUUUUUGGUCAGUUCUAUGGAGGAGACAGUUACAUCAUUCUGUAUCAGUACCGACACAACAACAGACAGGGUCACAUCAUCUACAUAUGGCAGGGGGCGGAGUCUAGCCAGGAUGAGGUGGGAGCGUCUGCGAUCUUGGCGGUCCAGCUGGAUGAUGAACUGGGAGGAGGUGCAGUACAGGUGGGCGUGGUUCAGGGCAAAGAGCCGGCCCACCUCAUGAGCCUGUUUGGAGGCCAACCAAUGGUGGUCUACAAAGGCGGGACUUCCAGAGAAGGUGGCCAAUCAGAGCCAGCAGACACUCGCCUGUUCCAGAUCCGAGCCAAUCCAGCUGGGGACUCCAGAGCUGUGGAGGUGGAUCCGGCCUCCUCCAGUCUGAACUCCAGUGAUGUCUUCCUCCUGGUCUCGUCCUCUGGGUCCUGGAUGUGGAGAGGGAGGAGCAGCAGCUCAGCUGAAGUCCGGGGGGCGGAGCACCUGGCUGGACUCCUGCAGGUGACCCCCACUGCACUGGAGGAGGGGCAGGAGGAAGAUGCAUUCUGGGAAGCGUUGGGGGGGCAGGAGGACUACUGUCGUACCCCCCGGCUGAAGAACAAGAUGGAGGCUCAUCCUCCUCGUCUGUUCGCCUGCUCCAACAAAACUGGAAACUUCCUGAUGGACGAAGUUCCAGGUGAGCUGACUCAGGAUGACCUCGCUCCUGAUGAUGUCAUGAUCUUGGAUACCUGGGACCAGGUGUUUGUUUGGAUCGGAAACGAGGCUCACGAGGACGAGAAGAUGGAGGCAGCAUCAUCAGCUGUCAGGUACAUUGAGAGCGACCCGGCGGACAGAGACCCUCGGACCCCCACCGUCACCGUCAAACAGGGAUUCGAACCGCCGACCUUCACCGGCUGGUUCCUGGGCUGGAACCACGAGUACUGGACCACCGACCAGUGACAUCACUUCCUGUGUUUGCGUGCUGUGUUCUCAUUAAUAAAACCAGUUACUGUCAGACUGUGUGUGUGACUCAUCGCCAUGGCAACAGUCUGAUAGUGGAAUAGUUUAUUGGAGCAUCUGUUUAUAAAUACUGAUGUUGAUAAAUAACAACAGAAAGAGUUUAAAUACAGACACAGAGAGUGUGUGUGUGUGUGUGUGUGUG